CAGAACAUAGCAAUUGAGGUACCCCACAGGCCACAGCGACGCAACUUCCCCCCUUCACCAACCGACCAACCAUUCAGUUCCGAAAGUUGAGCGACCGCUGAGGUAUCGGCCUUUUGGAAAGUCUCACGACAACCGAACCCCAAUGGCAUCCACAACAAAACCGGACCCCGGUCCCGGCCCGGGUGACUCCAGCAGUUUCACCCUUCCGGGCUCCAUCCCCGGAGCCGGAGCCGGAGCCGGAGCCGGAGCCGGAGGACUCCACCCCUCCCACCACAACCCCGGAUUCGACCGAGAAUCCGGAACUGGAAGUCACAAAACCCCCCGCCCCCCAAAAUGGUACAAAAUCCGUCUCUUCCGGGGCAUGAUCAACGACCUCCGUCGCCGCGCGCCCUACUACCUCUCCGACUGGACCGACGCCUGGAACUACCGCGUAGUUCCCGCCACGGUAUACAUGUACUUCGCCAACAUCCUUCCCGCCCUAGCCUUUUCUCUAGACAUGUUCACCAAGACAGACCGGAUGUACGGGGUGAACGAAGUUCUGCUUGCCAGCGUGCUGGGGGCCGUGGUGUUUAGUUUGCUGGCGUGUCAGCCGCUCGUGAUAGUCGGGGUGACGGGGCCGAUUACUGUGUUCAACUACACCGUCUACGACAUCAUCAUGGAACAUACGACGGGGGGGACCAACUACAUGGCCUUCAUGUGCUGGAUCGGGCUCUGGUCUCUGGUGUUUCACUGGAUUUUGGCCGUCACGAACUCGUGCAACUGGCUGCGCUUCGUCACGAGGUUUCCGUGCGAUAUUUUUGGGUUUUAUGUGGCGUUUAUUUACCUGCAGAAGGGGAUUCAGGUGCUGGAGCGCCUUGGGGACGCGGAGCCGUUUUAUCUGUCGGUUGUCGUGGCUCUUUGCGUCUUUGCUAUUGCGUAUAUCUGUGGUGAACUGGGCGAUGGUAGUUUGUUUAACCAUACGGUGAGGGUCUUUUUGAAGGAUUAUGGGACACCGUUGACGGUGGUCUUCUUCACUGGGUUUGUCCACUUUGGAAAGCUGGAGAAUAUCCAUUUGGAGCACUUGGAGGUUAGCAAGGCGUUUUCCCCGACGCCGCAUGAGGAUGGCUGGAUUAGGGGGUGGUUUAUCCACUUUUGGGAUAUCCCCGUGGGACAUGUGUUCUUGGCUAUUCCGUUUGCGUUGCUGUUGACCAUUCUCUUUUGGUUUGAUCAUAAUGUCUCCUCCCUCAUCGCCCAAGGCACCGAAUUCCCCCUCCGCAAGCCCGCCGGCUUCCACUGGGAUCUCUUCCUCCUCGGCCUCACCACCGGCGUCUCCGGCCUGCUCGGCAUCCCCUUCCCCAACGGCCUCAUCCCGCAAGCGCCCUUCCACACCACCUCUCUAUGCGUCACCAAGGUCGUCACAAAUGAUGACACCGACGCCGAUUCCUCCGAAGCCAAAGGUCACCCUUCGGAGUCAUACGAAUUCAAACCCAUCUCCGUAGUCGAACAACGCGUCUCCAACCUCGCCCAAGGCCUGCUCACCUUGGGAACCAUGACCGGCCCCCUCCUCAUCGUCCUUCAUCUAAUCCCGCAGGGCGUGUUGGCAGGUCUCUUCUUUAUAAUGGGCUACCAAGCCCUCGCCGGCAACGGCAUCACGCAAAAGCUGGUUUUCCUGUUCAAAGACAGCCGGCUGACCAGCCCCAACCACCCGCUGAACAAUAAAGCGCUGAGGAGAAGCCGGGUUUGGUUGUUUGUGAUUAUCGAGCUGGUUGGGUUUGGAGCGACGUUUGCUAUCACCCAGACUGUCGCGGCCGUGGGGUUCCCGGUGAUCAUCUUUGCGUUGAUUCCGGUUAGGGCGGUGUUGUUGCCGAGGUGGUUGAGUAGGGAGGAGUUGGCGGUGUUGGAUGGGCCGACGGCUAGUCCAUUUACGAUGGAGAGUGUUGGGGGGAGUUAUGGGGGUGUGGAGGACGAGGGGGAGGAGGAAGGGGAGAGUAGUGGUGGUGGUGAUGAAGGCAGUGGUGGUGUGCUCGGUGGUGGUCCUUCUUCGGCCACGGGGAGGAAUAAGUCGAAGAAGGUGGCCGGUGAGAAGAGCGCUGAGGAGCUGGCGGAGUUGGGACAGAGUCGGUUGUCGGUGGGAAGUGGUAGGAGCUCGUUGCGAAGGGGUAGCACGGCGGUAGAUGAGAUUCAGCAGGGGCAGAGUCAGGGGCAGGUGCAUAGGAGGGGACAUCAUCAGGCUGCGAGGUAGUGAAGCAGCGGAGGUAUGAUUAGAUGAGAAGUAUGUGGGUAAAAGGUAAUCUUGUGCUCCAUAACGGGGUAUAAACGUAUAAACAGUGGAGGUGAUCUUGGAAAGGGGAAGCAUAAAAGGAGUGGAUCGAUAGACUUUCGAACGUAUAUAUAUGCAAGGUAAUGACUAGUUAAACUCAACAAACAAAACAACUCGUUGUUGUACGCGGUAGUUGUUGAGC